AUGGAGCUCAAACUCUUUCUCGCAGCUUUCAUCGUCCUUCUUGGAGGAGCGGUGGCCGUGGAUCCGGCGACCGACUGUCUCGAAGGUACUCUUGCAGCGGUUCAAAUGUUCGGGUUAGGUGAUCCUGAAGCAGGCUACUAUGAAAACAUGUGUCAAAAUAUGAUCAGCGUCAUGUCCAUGUGGGCAGCUGCAAAGCUCUACUGUACGCCGAAAGAAAUCGAGGCUGGUUUCAAUCUCUACGCUCCGUAUUGUACUGAAUAUGGAGGUGUCGAACUCAUCUCCUACUCUGAAGUCCUUCCCCUUCUCACCGAUGAAUACAUUACGUCCCUGCCAGUGGUGGGAUUGGAAGAGAUGAAUGCAGGCGAGACUUGGAACACCUCUAUCUUGAUAUCAAAGGAUCUCUGGCUUCUGGGCUCCAGAAGUGAACACGAAUACGAUAGGCAGUAUACAUUACACAAACGAUAUGGAUGGGCAGUCUACGGAUUUUGGGGAGGGUUUCUGGUCAUUGGCAUGGCUAAUCGGCUUAUCUCGCAUCUUUACAAUUCUCGACGUAGCAGAACAACUACCAAUCUCGAAGGGCUCGGAGACCUUCCAUUUUCCAGUGCCAAAUCCUCCGUCUUUCUGGCACCCGUCAAGACUAUUCCUGGGAACGGGUAUUACGCCCUCUCUUGGGAGCAGCAAUACUGGUACAUGGGAGCAAUGGCCACAGUGACCAUGAGCCUUCUUCUUGGCCUCUCGUCAAUCUAUCUUCGUCUCAAACACUAUGAGAUCUUCUUGGUGUUGCACAUUAUCCUGUCAAUCCUCACCAUUGUUGGACUUUUCUACCACACGUGGGUAUUCACCACCAAAGAAUAUGACCCCUAUCUAUGGCCUUGUGUCGCCAUCUGGCUUUUUGAUCGAGUUGCUCGCCUGGUCCGGUUAGGGUAUUGUAAUAUCCGAGCUAGACGAUCGGGUUCCCUUGUGUUCUCGACAGCGACGGCGACCUACAAUAAGGACGCCGACCUCAUCCGAGUGGUCGUCUUUCCGGGUUCUCGUUUGCUUCACCCAGGCCCUGGUCAACACUACUACAUCUACCAGCUGAAUAAAUUUCGAUUCUGGGAAAAUCAUCCUUUCACCCUGGCGGCAUCAUAUCCAAGCAAACAUGAUAUUGUCAAGCAGGAUGGAGGCUCCAAGAGCCCAAGUGACACGGGCAGUCUGACUGGAGUGAUACAGAAAGAGGAACCAGAAGUCACUUCGACAGCUCUACUCGGGGAUAGUGGCCCCAGUUCGCCAUCUCCCGCUUCAACAUCAUCCUUGGAGAGUCCAGCCAAAGACUCCACCGUUGCUUCUAGAGAAGACAACAAUAGACUAGUGUUUUUGAUACGGCCUUUCAAUAGCUGGACAAAGCGCCUUCGGGACGAGUGCACACGUGCAGGUCCUUCAGGAUUGACGAAAUCAAGUCUCCGGAUCGAGGGUCCUUACGGCCAUGACGGUCAACUUCUUGCUUUUGAAAAUAUCAUCUUCGUGGUCGGUGGCACUGGAAUCGCCGGCGCAAUACCAUAUCUGCAAGAACACUUGAGGCUUUCCUCCAUUCAAACAUCCAGCGCAAAAGGGACACGCGCCAAAAACCUUACCGUGAUCUGGGCAGCAAAGCAAUCCGCCAUGAUUCACGACGUUAUAAACCAUGAGUUAGGGCCUUUCUUGUGCAGAGACGACAUAAGAUUCAGCUUCCACGCAACGCGGGAGAAGAAGACACGCACAACAAGCAAGACGACUGAGACUGACGAGAAGAUGCCGCUGACUUCGGGCUUUGAGAUUCUGAACAGUCGUCCUGACAUCAGUGGGAAAAUUCUUGGUUUGGUCGACCAAGUCAACUCAGCCGGUUCAAAGGGUGGCAGAAUUGCCGUCCUUACCUGUGGACCAGGAGCAAUGGCCGAUGAGGCUCGCGCCGCGGUGCAUCAGGGUCUCAAGCAGGGGAAAAGAGGACUUGAGUAUUUUGAAGAGGCUUUUGGGUAA